CACAUGACGGUGUGUGUGUGAAAAUUUCUACGACCAAAAGUGCGACAAUACAAAAACAUCAUCAUGAUUAAACCAGUGGUACUGAGAAUCAAACAUAGGAGAUAGGAAACUUCUUGAGGACACAAUAGGUUAAUCUUAUAUAACCACCGACGCGGUUUGUGUUCCUACACAAAGCUUUUUCCUUUUUCUUCUAUUUCUCGUUCCUUCUUCGUAUUGCAAACUAUCUCUGCAGUACCAUGUCAAAGCUUGGAGUGCAGCAAGUGAAGCAACUGAGAGAGAUAUUUGGUCGAUUUGACAUGGAUUCAGAUGGGAGUUUAACGAUGUUGGAGCUAGCAGCGCUUCUGAGGGCACUGGGGUUGAAGCCUUCGGGUGAUCAAGUCCAAGCCCUGUUGGCGAACAUGGAUUCAAACGGCAAUGGGAAAGUGGAGUUUGAGGAGUUGGUGAGGGCGAUUUUGGAUGACAUAAACGAACAGGUUUUGGUGAACCAGGAAGAGCUCCUAGGGGUCAAGUACUUCGACCGUGACGGCAAUGGGUUCAUAACGGCGGCGGAGUUGGCUGGGGCCAUGGCCAAAAUGGGACAGCCUCUCACCUACCGAGAACUCACAGAGAUGAUCAGAGAGGCUGACACCGAUGGCGAUGGCGUUAUCAGCUUCACCGAGUUUGCCUCCAUCAUGGCUCGCUCUGCUUCUGAUUUUCUUGGCCUCUCCUUCCGCUGACUCAAUAUUCUUUUCAUUAAUUCAUUUUGUAGCUUCUUUUCAAUGAUUCAACCAAAUAAGGGCUCUUGCUUUCUACUGCA